AAUUAGCCAGGUGUGGUGGCACACGCCUGUAGUGGUGGUGCAUGCCUGUAGUCCCAGCUACUCAAGAGGCUGAGGCAGGAGAAUCACUUGAACUGGGAGAUGGAGGUUGCAGUGAGCUGAGAUCGCACCAGUGCACUCCAGCCUGGGCAACAGAGUGAGACUCCAUCUUAUAAAAGGAAAAAAGAAGAAAAGAAAAAUUCCAUAUCUGAGUGUUUACUCCUGAGUUUUUGAGAUUGUUAUUAAGAUCGUGCUCUACUGUGAUGAUUUGGGUUUGUUUGAUAAUCAGAAAAAAGCAUAUUCUUUUGGGUGUUCAGCCACACUGCUUUGGUGUCACAACUGCACAUUGGUUUCACAGCUGCAGGACAAAUUCGAGCAUCUUAAAAUGAUUCAACAGGAGGAGAUAAGGAAGCUUGAGGAAGAGAAAAACAACUGGAAGGAGAAAUCAUAGAUUUUUAUAAAAUGAAAGCUGCCUCUGAAGCACUGCAGACUCAGCUGAGCACUGAUACAAAGAAAGACAAACAUCGACUUUUUACCUUAAUCCUUGCUGCAGUAUUUCCAAGUAACAGUGGAGAUAGAUUUACCCUUUCUAAACUAUUAGCUGUAAUUUUAAGCAUUGGAGGUGUUGUACUGGUAAACCUGUCAGGGUCUGAAAAAUCUGCUGGAAGAGAUACAAUAGGUUCCAUUUGGUCUCUUGCUGGAGCCAUGCUCUAUGCUGUCUAUAUUGUUAUGAUUAAGAGAAAAGUAGAUAGAGAAGACAAGUUGGAUAUUCCAAUGUUCUUUGGUUUUGUAGGUUUGUUUAAUCUGCUGCUCUUAUGGCCAGGUUUCUUUUUACUUCAUUAUACUGGAUUUGAGGACUUCGAGUUUCCCAAUAAAGUAGUAUUAAUGUGCAUUAUCAUUAAUGGCCUUAUUGGAACAGUACUCUCAGAGUUCCUGUGGUUGUGGGGCUGCUUUCUUACCUCAUCAUUGAUAGGCACACUUGCACUAAGCCUUACGAUACCUCUGUCCAUAAUAGCUGACAUGUGUAUGCAAAAGGUGCAGUUUUCUUGGUUAUUUUUUGCAGGAGCUAUCCCUGUAUUUUUUUCAUUUUUUAUUGUAACUCUCCUAUGCCAUUAUAAUAAUUGGGAUCCUGUGAUGGUGGGAAUCAGAAGAAUAUUUGCUUUUAUAUGCAGAAAACAUCGAAUUCAGAGAGUUCCAGAAGACAGCGAACAGUGUGAGAGUCUCAUCUCUAUGCACAGUGUUUCUCAGGAGGAUGGAGCUAGUUAGCUGUUUGUUGUCUGUAGCCCAGCUUGAUAAUGGAACUAUACAGCGAAGAGACAAUCUCUGGCAAGUUUUUGUAGAAAAAAUGUUUCAGUGCCUAGUCUGAAAAAUAACAGUUUCAGUUCUUUGAAACUCUAAAAUAUAUUUUUCUCAUACCGGUUUUCUUCAUUUUCAUAAUGAAGCACUUUGCUAUGUAGCUGUGUACAUAUCACUACAGUUAUAGGAAGUUUCAGUCUACAGUCCAUCCAAAGGACCAACCUGCCUUACACAUCUCAAGGAAUUCAGCUGUUGAAAUCAUUUGAAUAAUCAAGGAAUAAAUCCUAAUGUUCUGGGACUUUAUUUUCACAUGUUAAAUGCUGGAAUAUAUUAUGAAAAUGUUUUCAAGAAAUCACUUAAGUGUUCAUAGACCAGUAUUUCUGACAGGUAAAAUGCUAAAAUAAGCUACCUGUAAUAAGUGUGGAUUAUAUUUUUGGGUUUUGUAGAAUAUUGCAAAUUAACUACGCAAAAAAUGUUUAAUUUAUGCAACAAGCAUGUUUGUGCAAAUUUCAUGGGACUUUAAAAAGAAUAAGUAUUUGAGAAAAUAUCUGGUUCACUUACACUACAUUUACUGUAUUAUUCUUUUAUAGCAUUAGGUGCCUUGUAUUUUAAAUCUGUGACAAACCGUGGCAAAUUUUUAAAGGGGAAGUAUUAUUAUAAAAUGAAGAAAUAUGUAUUUCUAAAGGCUAUAUUGCUGUAAACUUAAUUGAUAAAGCUCUGUUUAAUUUAGAGUUUUGAAGAAAUAGUCUCCCUUCAAUUAAGAAAUUUUCAUAAUGGAAUGAUUUAAAUUGAAGUGACAAAGAGUAUUAUUAAAAUACAAUGUUUAUACGUGUA